CAUCAAACUUAAGCUUCCACUUCAUCUUCUUCCUUUCCUUUCUUCUUCUGAAACUCUCAUGGCGAUGGCUUUCUCUAACUGUUUGGUUCCUUUGGUCCUUUUAAUGGCUCUCUCUGUACCAGCUUUCUCAUAUGCCAGUGCAUGGCAUAGUGCCCAUGCAACUUUCUACGGUGACAUGCAAGGUGGAGAAACCAUGCAGGGAGCUUGUGGUUAUGGCGAUCUGUUCCAGCAAGGUUACGGGCUUGAAACCGCCGCCUUAAGCACAGCACUGUUCAACAAUGGCCUGAGCUGUGGUGCAUGUUUUGAGAUAAAGUGCGUGGACGACCCUCGAUGGUGCAUUCCGAAUGCAGGUUCGAUCAAAGUUACUGCAACAAAUUUCUGUCCGCCGAAUUACUCGCCACCGAAUUUAGACCACUGGUGCAAUCCUCCACAGGAACACUUCGACUUGUCGAUGAAAAUGUUCACCAGCAUUGCCGCAUACAGAGCUGGGAUAAUCCCAGUGAAGUAUCGUAGAGUGGCAUGCAGAAAAAGUGGGGGUGUGAAAUUCCAAACAGCAGGGAACCCUUAUUGGCUUCUGGUUUUGGUGUACAACGUUGGCAAUGCCGGUGAUGUUUCCGAGGUUAGCAUCAAAGGAUCGAAUGGUGAGUGGAAAUCCAUGUCUAGGGUUUGGGGACAGAAUUGGUUGACCGGAGAGAACUUGGUGGGGCGAUCUUUGUCCUUUAAGGUGACUACCAGUGAUGGAAAAGUGGUGGAGUUCGACGAGGUUGCACCUUCCGGUUGGCAAUUUGGACAGAGCUACGAGGCCCACACUAAUUUUUAGAUGUAUUUGUUCUUGUAGUUCUUGGAUUUCGUCACAUUGCAUCCUGCUCACUUUUUAGACUGUGAUGUUUCCAUUGUAAAAUUGUACUUUCACAUGUUUCAAAAAUAAACUCUCACUUCAUUUUAAUAA